AUUAGAUGAUGAACAAAGUCCGUUCACCCAAGCUCUCAGGUCAUCCUGACCCCAAAAGCACAUGCUGACCCACGCAACCAUCCAAAACCAUAACGGCCACAAACUAACCACCCUUUCUAAAAGCUACCACUCAAACAUUUUAAUAAUUUUUUUUCCAAAACAAAAGGGGAAAAAAAAGAAUACAAAGUGACAAAGAUGCUAAGCAGGACAGUUGUUUCAGUGUCUGCUGUUUCUUCAACCUCUUCAACAUCUCUGUCCCGAUUUCUGUGCAAAGUAAACCAAACAAUCCCUAAAUUCUUGGGUCAGAAAAAACUCUCCCACAACUUCACAAACUGUACCACAUGGAACAAAAACUUGAACUUGAAUAGAAAGUGUAGUACAAGAAUGGACAAUUUCACGACCAAAGCAUCAGCAGCAGCCCAGCCUUUAACAAACGCAGAUGAGCUCAUUGGGUCUGUUGAGACUUUCAUCUUUGAUUGUGACGGAGUUAUAUGGAAAGGAGAUAAAUUGAUUGAUGGAGUCCCUCAAACUCUUGAUAUGCUCCGCUCAAGAGGGAAGAGACUAGUUUUUGUUACAAACAACUCGACAAAGUCUAGGAAACAAUAUGGUAAAAAGUUCGAGUCACUUGGUCUUGAUGUCAGUGAGGAAGAGAUUUUUGCAUCUUCUUUUGCCGCUGCAGCCUAUUUGAAGUCAAUUGAUUUCCCAAAAGAUAAAAAGGUUUAUGUGGUUGGUGAGGAUGGCAUCUUGAAGGAGCUUGAGCUUGCUGGAUUUCAGUAUCUUGGUGGGCCAGAAGAUGGUGGAAAAAAGAUUGAGCUGAAGCCUGGGUUUCUGAUGGAGCACGAUAAAGAUGUUGGGGCAGUUGUUGUUGGAUUUGAUCGCUAUUUCAACUACUACAAAGUCCAAUAUGGAACACUCUGUAUAAGGGAAAAUCCUGGGUGUCUCUUCAUUGCUACAAAUCGUGAUGCAGUCACCCAUCUUACAGAUGCUCAGGAAUGGGCAGUGGCCCAAGCAACAAUUAUUGCACUAAUCUAUUUGGAGAUUUACAUUAUGAGAAUUCCUUGCAUCCUUCUUUUGGGCGGUGGUUCUAUGGUCGGUGCUUUUGUUGGUUCAACUCAGCGUGAGCCACUGGUUGUGGGAAAGCCCUCAACUUUUAUGAUGGAUUACUUAGCAAACAAAUUCGGGAUUCUCAAGUCACAAAUAUGCAUGGUCGGGGACAGAUUGGAUACUGAUAUUCUGUUUGGACAAAACGGUGGUUGCAAAACUCUUCUUGUACUCUCCGGUGUGACCUCAUUGUCGAUGCUUCAAAGUCCAAGCAACUCCAUCAAACCAGAUUUCUACACCAACAAAAUUUCUGAUUUUCUUUCCCUCAAAGCUUCAGCUGUCUGAGCAUGCGUGGACAUUGUGCGCUGUAUUUAGGUCCGUGCAUUAUUUUUUCAAUUAUAAUUUUUAACAUUACCACAUGGAAUUUCGCUAAAAUCCGCAGCUGUAGCAACCAGAUAUAUUUGCCGACAGAUGUUAAAUUUGUUCGUGUAGGGCGAGCAGACAAUGAAGGCUAUGCCCAAUCAUUUUACAUAAAUUUACCACCUGACAAAGGAGCGUUUUUAUUUCAUUGAA